CUCUCGAGAGCUCCCAGCGAGUCCGGCAGGCGCGUCCGGCAUGCGCGUCCCGCUGAUCCUGCUGCUGCUGCUGCCGCGGCUGGCGGCGCCGGGCCGGGCGGGCCCCAGGGUGGGCUCGCGGCAGUGCAGCCUUCGGGGCGGCUGGCGGGUGCGCAAUGGGAACGGCUCGCUGGAGCUGCCCGCGGCGGUGCCGGGCUGCGUGCACGGCGCUCUGCUGCAGCGCGGCCUCAUGCAGGACCCUUACUACAGAUUUAAUGACCUUGACUACAGAUGGAUCUCCUUGGACAACUGGACCUAUAGCAACGAAUUUAAAGUACCCUUUGAUAUCAGCAAAUGGCAGAAAGUAAAUUUGAUUUUUGAGGGAGUUGAUACAGUGGCAGAAAUCCUCUUCAAUAAUGUCUCUAUUGGGAAAACAGACAGCAUGUUCCGUAGAUAUAGCUUUGAUGUCACCAAUGUGGCCAGAGACGUGAACUCCCUGGAGCUUCGCUUCCAGUCGGCAGUGCUGUAUGCGGCACAGCGGAGCAGAGCCCACAGCGGGUACCCGGUGCCCCCUGCCUGUCCCCCACCCGUGCAGAAGGGCGAAUGCCACGUCAACUUUAUCCGUAAGGAGCAGUGUUCCUUCAGCUGGGACUGGGGCCCGUCCUUCCCCACCCAGGGCAUCUGGAGAGACGUCAGCAUCGAAGCCUACAACGUUUGCUGUCUGAGCCACUUCACUUUCUCCCCUGUCUACGAUAGCACUGCCCAGGUGUGGAGUGUUGAAAUAGAAUCUGCUUUUGACGUUGUCAGCUCAAAGCCAGUUGGCGGUCAGGUGGUCGUGGUCAUCCCUAAACUGCACACACAGCAGAUGUACAGCCUUGAACUCCAGCCUGGGGAGAGGAUUGUUGAGCUCUCUGUGAAAAUUAACAAGAAUAUUACUGUGGAAACUUGGUGGCCUCAUGGACAUGGAGACCAGACUGGGUACAACAUGACAGUUCUUUUUGAACUGGAUGGAGGCUUACGUAUUGAAAAAUCUGCUAAGGUUUAUUUCCGGACGGUGGAGCUUGUAGAAGAGCCCAUCAAGGGGUCUCCGGGGCUGAGCUUCUACUUCAGAAUCAACGGCUUCCCAGUCUUCCUGAAGGGCUCCAACUGGAUCCCGGCAGAUGCGUUCCAGGAGAGGGUAACCCCGGACGUGCUGCGGCUCCUUCUGCAGUCGGCUGUGGACGCAAACAUGAACGCAGUGCGAGUGUGGGGAGGUGGCAUCUAUGAGCAGGAUGCCUUCUACGAGCUCUGCGACGAGCUGGGGGUCAUGGUGUGGCAGGACUUCAUGUUUGCCAGUGCCAUGUACCCAGCCGACCAGGGCUUCCUGGAUUCUGUGCGGGCGGAAGUUGCUUACCAGGUCAGGAGACUGAAGCCCCAUCCGUCUGUCAUCCUGUGGAGCGGCAAUAAUGAGAAUGAGGGACUACUGGCCGUGAACUGGUUCCAGGUCCCUCCCAGCGACCUGGAGACCUAUGUCAAGGACUAUGUGACGCUGUAUGUGGCCAACAUCAGGGAGGUCGUUUUGGAAGGAGACAAGAGUCGUCCUUUUGUGGCGUCCAGUCCUUCAAAUGGGGCUGAAACCAUCGCAGAAGGCUGGGUGGCCAAGCACCCUAACAGCAACCAUUACGGCGAUGUGCACUUUUAUAACUAUAACAGCGACUGCUGGAACUGGACCGUUUUCCCCAAAGCCCGAUUUGUAUCUGAAUAUGGCUAUCAGUCCUGGCCUUCCUUCAGUACGUUAGAAAAGGUCUCAGCAAAGGGAGACUGGUCUUAUAACAGCACGUUCGCCCGUCAUCGACAGCACCAUGUGGAUGGAAACGAGGAGAUGCUUCGCCAGGCCGCACUGCAUUUCAGGCUCCCACAAGGCCUGGACCCUGAGCGCAUCUUCAGAGACACGCUCUACCUGACGCAGGUGAUGCAGGCCCAAUGCGUGAAAACAGAAACGGAGUUCUACCGCCGCAGCCGCAGCGAGAUAGUGGCCGGUGAGGGCCACACCAUGGGUGCGCUCUAUUGGCAGCUGAAUGACAUCUGGCAGGCUCCUUCUUGGGCCUCUCUAGAGUAUGGCGGCAAGUGGAAGAUGCUGCACUACUUCGCCCGGCAUUUCUUCGCCCCGCUAUUGCCCGUGGGCUUCGAGGAUGAGGCCGUGUUUCACAUUCACGGCGUGUCUGACCUGCAUGAGGACCGGAACGUGACGCUCACCCUGACGGGGCACUCCUGGCGCUCCCUGCAGCCCGCAUGUGUCCAGGCCACAGAGUCCUUGGUGAUGAAGGCGGGGACUGCCACCUGUCUCUACAGCGAGCCCAUGGGCCGCCUGCUGAGCAGGUGCGGGAACUGCACCCGGCGAGGCUGUGUGCUCUCCUUCUACCUCUCGGCCGGCCGCGAGCUCGUGAGCCCAGUCAACUACCACUUCCUGUCGUCCCUGAAGGACGCCGAGGGGCUGCUCAAGGCGCGCAUCUCGGCCACCGUCUCUCAGCAGGGUGACACAUUUGCCUUUGAGCUGGAGACGUCAGCGGUGGCACCCUUCGUAUGGUUGGACGUAGGGAGCAUCCCGGGGAGGUUCAGCGACAACGGUUUCCUUCUGACCGAGAAGACACGGACUGUUCUCUUUCACCCGUGGGCGCCCACCAGCACGAGUGCCCUGGAGCAUUCUCUCCGUGUCACCUCCCUGGCAGACAUUUACUGAGGGGUCCAGGUUACGAGUGUCCACAGGUGACGUCCCCAGGCAGGGCCGCAUCUAGGUGUCCCGGAUCUGGCCAGGCUGUGUUCUGGGUCAGCCCUGCCUGUGCCGUGCCUGGGGCCCUUCCAGGAGUCACAGGAAAGGUACAGUGGCAGUGUCUGUGGAGCCACACCCAGGAGGCUGUGAGGUACUGUGGGCCUUUCACAGUCAGCAUUGAGAAAUGCUGGCUUUAAUUACUGUUUUUGUAGCACACGUCUGCAGUAGGUAACAACCACAUUCCUUGUGGGAAUCAUGCGUAAUACCUCUGGUUCCUUCCGUCUUGCUGAAUAAUCUACUGAGGUGCCUGGUUACUGGAGCUUCAGCUGUCAGAAUGAGAGAUUUCUUGGUGACACCAUGCUGAUCACAGUUCCCAGACUGUUCAGGGGUUGAUUGUUGUCGUUUGGUUACUAUUUGGGGGUAAGAUUCUUACUCAUUUUGAGUUAUUAAAUAAAAAAAACUGCUUUAGUGACCAUAACUUAUUUUUUAAAAGACCCUUAGAGUGAUCCUUUAAAAAAUAAGCUGGCAUUGAAAUCACCGUGGGCACUAGAAAUUUUGGGGUGCCCUGACAUUGGCACAUGGGUGAGCUUCAGAUUUGGCCAAGUCCAAUGAGAUUUUGAGCUCAAAGGGAUGGAUUAAAUGUAGACUUGUUGGCCCUGGCACUAAGUGAUGUUACCUUUAUCAAGAGUUUAGAUCAUUUAUUUAUAUUGAUUAACUGUACCUUGCUUUAAAAUUGUUCGGUUAUUAUCACAUUUACAACAUUACACUGAUAAGAAAGAUAAUGGUGCAAAAUGUUAAUAAGUAGUUAAUGAGGGUAAAGCUAUGUGAAGUUUUUGUAUUAUUUUUGCAGUUUUUCUGAGUUUGAAAUUAUAUAAAAAUAAAAGCUAUAUGACAACUUG